AUGAAGUUUUUGGCGGUUUUCAUAAGUGUGCUGUAUUUUGUGUCAAGGAAUUUGGUUGUCGGUGUUACGUCCGAGGAGACUGCAGAGGUAUCAGAGGCAUGCUGCACCCACGGGAAAUACCAGGCGAUGGGUAUGGCAUCGCCGCAAGCCUGUUCAAGUGUCACCGCCCCAGAAGAUGUCGAGACGGAAUUCCUCGACACAUGUGUUGCAUCAGCGAAGAGUUGUUGUGAGGAGCAGUUUUUGGAAAAAGAUGAUUGUAUAGCUGGUAUGAAAAUGGCACCAAAGAAGCAAUGUGCUAUACCUAAAACCGACAUUGGAAAGACAUGCUGUGAUGAAUGUUCCUUCGGGAGAUGGUCUGGCGAAUCCCAGGGCAAGGAAGCAUGUGGAAGUCCUGCCGAGGACGGAAUGAGUCCGCAAACAACACUCCGUAAGAAUGCUUUCUACCAAUGCUGUUUGGAAGCAACAAAUGAACCUGAAACUACUACUGAGACGACAACAGAAAAUAAAAUGGAGACAACUACAGAGAAGAAGAAAGAAGAGAAAAAAGAAAAAUGUCAGAAGGACUCUUGUGAUCAAAUCUGUAAAGAUGACGAUGGUAAAGUGACUUGUCAGUGUCGAAAAGGAUUUAGAUUGCAGUCUGAUAAUAAAACUUGCAAAGAUAUCAACGAAUGUAGAGAGAUCUUAGACGAUUUGUGUACCGAAGAGGACACUGUUUGCCACAACACUGUUGGGUCCUUUAAGUGCGUGCCUAUCAAGAAGAGAGAUGUUAGUCUUAGUUGCCCGCCAGGCUUUAAGCGGAACGUACUUAACCAAGUAUGUGAUGAUAUUAAUGAGUGUCAACUUCCUCGACCUCCGUGCCCAAAGUACCUGUGCGAGAAUACCAUCGGCGGGUAUAAAUGUGCUGGAAAACCAGGCAAGCCUUUCACUGAAGCUAUUCCUGGUGUUACUACAGAAGCAGAACCAACUACACCUACUACAAAAAAUGACAUAUGCCCACCUGGUUUCAGGGCUGGGCCUGACGAUGAAUGUCUUGAUAUCGACGAAUGUGAGGAGCGGCUUGACGAUUGCCAGCGUUUGUCGCAGCAUUGCAUCAACACGCAUGGCAGUUACUUCUGCCAGGAUCACGUGUCGAAGCGUUGUGCACCCGGCUUCAAGGUCAACGCCGUUACUGGAAUAUGCGAAGAUAUCGACGAAUGUGAAGAAAGUUCUGAAGUAUGCAAACGCACCGAGGUGUGCGUCAAUUUGCCUGGAGCCUACAACUGCAAGUCCAAGAUCAGCACAUUACCUCAGUUAGCGAAGAAAACAUGCCAAGAAGGAACUCGACAGCGACCCGGUGCCACGAUUUGUGAAGAUAUCGACGAAUGUCGUGAGGGCACGCACUUAUGCGAUCGGUUCCAAAAUUGUAUCAACACAUACGGUGGUCACGAGUGUCGCUGUAAAAACGGCUUUGAGUUGGAUUCAUCUUCAGGGUCUUGUGUUGAUAUCGAUGAGUGUGCAUUGAAACUAGACAACUGUCAGGCGGGUCUACACUGUCUAAAUGUACUGGGUUCAUUCACAUGUACACGCCGACCUGCCACCACAUCUACCACAACUACAGCCACACCACCUGUUUACGAUUAUGAGUACUACGAUUCUGAAGAAGAAAACACAACGAAUAUUGAUAAGCCUAACACAUCAGUGACUAUUCCCACAACAAGUACUUCGACAACAUCAACAACUCCUAGACCAACUACCACUUCGACAACCUCUACAACAUCGACCACGACACCGAUACCCUCGACGACUAGUACGACAACUCGCACAACAAGAGUGUGGCCGCCGUCACGACCAGGAGGUUACAAUCCGUAUUAUCCCAGAUAUCUUAUCCCUACAACUAGAAGAACUCCAUACACGAUUCCCCCUGUCAGACCCACUCGCCCCACUACACCAGAAUCUAGAAGACCUGAAAUUAGACCUAGAAGACCCGAAACACUUAAUCCUGUUGAAGUUACGGUCCCAAAUCCCACAAAUGUCGUUACUAUAGAGAAAGAAAAAGAAGCAGAUGGUAGUUACGGGUUGAAUGCUAGUGAAAUACCAAAAGAUAAAUGGUCGAACGUUAUUGGAGUAAAUAAACCAGAAACUUCAGAUUUUAAUCCUGAAGAAUUACACUGCUUGAAUGGAUUUGAACGAAGUCCUAGUGGCGAUUGCAUAGACAUUAACGAAUGUGAGACGGGGAGACACAUCUGCAGUAGUCUGGAGGUGUGCCACAACAGGCAAGGUGGUUACAUGUGCGACUGCAUGCCGGGAUUCCAUCGCGACCCCAGCGGAUGGUGUGUGGUCGCAACUACCACCAGCACCACCACCACUUCCACUACCACAACUACCACGCCGAGACCAACGACUGUUAGAACAACUACGUCAACGACUGAGAAUACUACUGCAGUUACAACAACCAGUACAGAAUGGCCGCGCGUACCGAGACCACGUCUGCCUUGGUACACGCCUUCGAAGCCAUGCGAUUUUGGUUACAUCUAUAGCUCCAUUCUAGGAAAAUGUGUUGAUAUAGACGAAUGCGCCGCAAACAGGGCAAAUUGUUCGCCAAAAGAAGACUGCGUCAACACGGAGGGCGGGUACCGUUGUGUUUGCGGCAAGAGAUGUCGUGCGGAAACCGAAACACCCACAUUUUUCCCAUCAGCACGAGAACCACCGGCGGUCAUCCCGGACACGAAUGUGAUCACAGUGGGCGCUCAGUACGGGCAGCGCGGAGCGCGCGUGAUGCGGCCGACGUACUCCAGAUCACCAUCUUCUGCUGCAGUGAUAAUUUCCUGCCCAUGGGGAUACAAGCUCACGCCCGAAAAACAUUGUGUAGAUAUCGACGAAUGCGCCCGUAACAUAUCGGAAUGCGGUCCGCAGCAGCGCUGUGAAAACUUUUUCGGAGGUUACUCAUGUCAGUGCCCGGCGGGACACCGGCUUGUCGGACAACAACGCUGCGAGGACAUCGAUGAAUGCGCCUACGGAAAUCCGUGUUCAUACAACGCUCAAUGCAUCAACACAGUGGGUUCGUAUCGCUGCUCCUGCGGGGACGGCUUCCGCAACGCACCGUCAAACGACAAGGUAUGCGUGGACGUGGACGAGUGCGCGGAGACGCCGCACGUGUGCGCGCACGGCUGCGCCAACGCGUGGGGCGGCUACCGCUGCUACUGCGAGCGCGGCUACCGCCUGCACGCCGACAACAGGACGUGUGUGGACGUGGACGAGUGCGCGGAGUGGGGAGCAGUGCGCGCGCGCGGGCGGCUGUGCGGCGGGCGCUGCGUCAACGUGCCCGGCUCCUACCGCUGCACCUGCCCACCCGGCUACCGGCUCGCCGACGACGCACGCGCCUGCACAGACAUUGACGAGUGUGAGACAGGCGAAGCGCAUUGCGCUGGAGCAUCAGACGAAGGGCUCGUUUGCCAGAAUACUCGAGGAGGCUACCACUGUCACCGAAUUGACUGUCCUCCUGGUUACCGUCUAGAGUCCAAACACAAAUGCACGCGAAUUCAACGCUCAUGCCCAAUAUCGGACUGGAAUUGUAUCCAACAGCCGAGCGCCCUCAGCUACAACUUCAUCACCUUUGUUGCCAACAUCUACCUUCCUACUGGAAGUGUGGAUCUGUUCACAAUGCACGGUCCGUCAUGGCGCGACUCCGUGGUGAACUUCGAGAUGCGAAUGGUCGACGUGAAAGCACCCAGCGGCGUUAAGUCCGCCGAUCUAUCCUGUUUUGACAUGCGACCAAGCGCCAACGUUUGCGUGGUCUCCCUUCUCUGUUCAUUGGAGGGACCUCAAGUAGCCGAGCUGGAGUUGACGAUGUCUCUGUAUCAACGCAGCCAGUUCGCCGGCAGUGCAGUCGCAAGGCUUGUGGUUAUUGUAUCCGAGUACGAGUUCUAG